AUGUCAGCUACACUACAGAGCUUCUUGCCAGCGCCAAAAUAUAGCGCGCUCCCACACUCUCGUGACGAUGACGAGAAUGAUGAGUACGAUAACACCGAGGCUGGGCCCUCCACUUCAUCCUCAUCCAGCGCUCUCGUCUCGACAUCUUCCCCUAGCAUCCCUCCUUACGGCCAGCGAGCAGCAUGGAGACCGCGCACACAGGCCGAUUAUGCCAAUGGUGGUGCCUAUCCGGAAUGCCAUGUUGCCCAGUAUCCACUCGACAUGGGUCGAAAUCGUUCCGCGGCCACCUCCAACAAACUUGCCAUGCGCAUCGAUGGCGAAGGGAAUAAACGUUACGAUGCUAUUGUAAAACAAAGCUUGCGUCCCGGACAAACGGUUCAAACGGAGUUCAAGGAUCUCGUACCGCUGUCUCAGCGAACGGAUAUCAAAGAGAAGGAUCGUAACUCUGGUUUUGAACGACCGUCGCACGAGGAGGUGAUGAGCAAUACCGAACGAACGCGUCUUGCGCUAGAAGCCAUCACAAAAGGUAAGAACAAGCCGGUCGUGCCCAAAGCUGGAAACCUACCGGGCCAGCAGCAAGCGGCGCAAUUCAUCCGUUAUACGCCGGCACAGCAGGGUGCAGGCAACGGCACACAACGCAUCAUCAAGAUGACCGAAGCACAGCGUGAUCCGUUGGAACCACCUCGCCAUCGAUUCAAAAAGACGGCUGCUGGACCACCUUCCCCCCCACCACCUGUGUUACGCUCUCCUCCGCGCAAAGUGACCGCGCAGGAGCAGAAGGAUUGGAUGAUCCCGCCUGCCGUCUCGAACUGGAAAAAUAACAAGGGCUACACCAUACCUCUCGACAAGCGACUCGCUGCGGACGCUAGUGGCAUUCAGGACGUGGUGAUCAACGACAACUUUGCGCAAUUUGCCGAAGCGCUCCAUUUGGCCGAUAGGCAUGCGAGAGAGGAGGUGCGACAGCGUAGUAUUAUGCAGCAGAAACUGGCGGCCAAGGAGAAGGCGGCCAAGGAGGAGCAUUUGCGGAACCUGGCUCAGCGCGCGAGGGAGGAGAGAGCCGGAGUGUCUUCUGCUACGCCAUCCGUGUUGGGACGUGACGAUGAUGUGGCUUCACGAUUGGCUGAUUCGGACGCACGUCCCACUCGAGCGACACCAAGAGCAGAAGGAGGCAUGUCGGCAAUGCUUGCAGGCUACAGAUCCGAUUCCGAUUCCGACGAAUCUGCAGCAUCCGAUGAAGAAGACGAUGAAGGAGCAAGAGAACGCGAUCGUAUUCGUGAAGAACGUCGUCGCGAACGACAACGCGAACUACGCAUGUCCAACAUGGGCAUCGAACAGCGAACCAAGCAACUGCUUCGAGAGCAGAACCGUGACAUCUCUGAAAAAGUGGCUUUGGGUCUGGCCAAGCCCACGGCGUCGAAAGAGUCGAUGACGGAUAGUCGACUUUUCAACCAGGGCGAAUCACUCGCUGCUGGGUACGGAGAUGAAGACUCGUACAACCUGUACGACAAACCGCUGUUCUCCGGUAGCAGCGCUGCUGCGGCAAUCUACAGGAGACCGGCAGCAAGAGGUGGGGCCAACGACAUUUACAGUGGAGCCGACGAUACAGCGUUGGAAGAAGAGCUCGGCAAGAACGAUCGUUUCGGUCUGGGUCAGAGCAAGUUCAGAGGCGUUCAAGGUGAUGCGGAUCGCGAUUCAGGCAGUGGCAGCGCACCAGUCAGAAGCGGCCCUGUUCAGUUUGAAAAGGACACCAGCGAUCCUUUUGCCAUCAACCAGUUUCUGGAAGACGCAAAGAGAGGCAUCAAGCGCACUUCGGAUCAAGACGCCGACGAUGCGAGAAAGAAGCUCAGAGACGAGCAUGAUUCGUAG